GUGUUUUGUCACCGGCUUUAGUGGGAGGUCGUCGCUCUGACGUGUGAGGAGGGCCUUUCGGAGGACUGCAGGAAGAAAAGUUUCUGUGCUACGUGUCCAAGCUUUUUUCUCCUCCGUCUCCUCCAUUCACUGCCAUUUACUCUCAGCCUCCUCCAGCCUGAAGGUUGUUGAUACUCGACCUAAACGCAGAGCCGUGGCAACCAUGUCUGGGACCAAGAAGCAGAAAACGGUGAGAACUCGGUCGGAAACUGAUCUCCAGAGGGCAACCAACAUUGUGUACCAGGCCCACCAUGUGAGCAGGAGCAAACGAGGCCAAGUUGUUGGAACAAGAGGAGGCUUUCGAGGCUGCACUGUCUGGCUGACAGGGCUGUCAGGAGCAGGGAAGACGACUGUUGGCUUUGCUCUGGAGGAGUACCUAGUUUCUCACGCCAUUCCAUGCUACUCUCUUGAUGGGGACAAUAUUCGGCAUGGCCUGAACAAGAACUUGGGUUUCACUGCGUCAGACAGAGAAGAGAACAUCCGCCGUAUUGCAGAGGUGGCCAAGCUGUUUGCUGAUGCCGGCUUAGUGUGCAUCACAAGCUUCAUCUCUCCCUUCACCAAGGACCGAAAUGAAGCAAGGAAAAUCCAUGAGAGUUCAGGGCUGCCUUUCUUUGAGGUUUUUGUGAAUGCUCCGCUGGAGGUGUGCGAGAGCAGGGAUGUCAAGGGGCUUUAUAAAAAGGCCCGUGCUGGAGAGAUUAAAGGCUUUACAGGGAUUGACUCUGAGUAUGAGAAGCCAGAUUCCCCAGAGCUUGUGCUGAAGACGGGAGAACUCACAGUGAAUGAAUGCAUUCAACAACUGGUGGAGCUCCUGAAGGACCAGGGAAUUGUUCCCAGCGGUGUAACCGAGGAGGUCAAUGAGCUGUUUGUCCCUGAAAACAAACUGGACCUGGCACUGAGUGAUGCCAACAUCCUGCCUACUGUAAACAUCACCAAGUUGGAUCUUCAGUGGGUUCAGGUGCUGGCUGAAGGAUGGGCCACUCCUCUGAAAGGAUUUAUGCGGGAAAGGGAGUUUCUGCAGGUCCUUCAUUUCGGCACCCUACUUGAUGGUGGUACCAUCAACCUGUCUGUACCCAUCGUGCUGCCUGUAUCCAAGGAGGACACAGAGCGGCUGGACGGUUGUGCUGCUUUUGCAUUGGAGUAUAAGGGUCGCAGAGUGGCCAUCUUGCGGAACCCUGAGUUUUAUGAGCACCGUAAAGAAGAACGCUGUGCACGGCAAUGGGGCACCACGUGUCCCCAGCACCCUUACAUCAAAAUGGUUCUUGAAGGUGGUGACUGGUUGGCUGGUGGAGAUUUGGAGGUGUUAGAGCGAAUCAAAUGGGAUGAUGGCUUGGACCAGUACCGCCUCACUCCGAAGGAGCUUAGACAAAAGUUUAAAGAAAUGGGAGCAGAUGCCGUCUUUGCCUUUCAGCUGCGUAACCCAGUGCACAAUGGUCACGCCCUCCUGAUGCAAGACACCAAGCGCCGUCUGCUGGAGCGUGGCUACAAAAACCCGGUGCUCCUACUGCACCCGCUGGGCGGCUGGACCAAGGAGGAUGACGUACCUCUUGACUGGCGCAUGAGACAGCACGCUGCUGUGCUGGAGGAGGGUGUGCUGGAUCCAGCCACCACCAUCGUGGCCAUCUUCCCUUCACCCAUGAUGUACGCUGGCCCUACAGAGGUGCAGUGGCACUGCAGGGCCAGAAUGAUUGCUGGUGCCAACUUUUACAUUGUGGGCCGUGACCCCGCGGGCAUGCCGCAUCCGGAGACCAAACGGGACCUGUAUGAGCCCACACACGGAGGCAAAGUGCUGACCAUGGCCCCAGGCCUCACUUCUGUGGAGAUCAUUCCUUUCAGAGUUGCUGCUUACAAUAGAGUGAAGAGGGCAAUGGACUUUUAUGACAAAGAGCGACAAGAAGAGUUUGAGUUCAUCUCUGGGACCAAAAUGCGAAGACUGGCCCGCAGUGGAGAAAACCCUCCAGAUGGGUUCAUGGCACCAAAAGCAUGGAAGGUUCUCACCGAGUACUACAUCUCUCUGCAGAAAGACUAAUGUGUAGGCCAGUACAUAUUAGGUUCACUUGCAUUAUGUAUAGGCCAGUAUGCAUUACAUAAGGUCAUCUUGUAAUCUGUAAUCUCUUUUGUUUUUAAAUCAAGGUAUAAUUUAUAGGUUUUUAGUACUAUAUAUUUAUAAGUACUCAGAACAACAGCAGUCCAUAUUUGAUCGCCUGGGCCAGAUUUCUUUAAAUUAGAUUUUGGCUAUAGAGGGAAAAAGCUGGACACCACAUUCUGAUCAGAAAAAUAACAUACAGGAUCAUGUUGAGGCAAAUCAACCUGAUGUUUGUCUAAAUUAGAUGGUCGGUGAAUAUUUAGACUUGUAAGAGUCAGUCUAAUUGGCUCAGCAUUACAUCUUUAUUUGUGGAAUCAGUAUGUCAGUUUUAACAUGGAAACCUCACUGGAGGAGCAGGAAGGGAGCAGUUCGUAUUAAUGAAGACAUUCCUGAGCACAAGCGUUUUUUUUUUUUUGUCUUUUAACCAUUUAACAUGUUGCAGUUUAGUAAUUACAUCAUAUUUGAUGUAAAAAAUACUUUUAGAAUGCUUGUAGUAUUGGUAACAGUAUAUACUGGUCAGUUUAUAUUUCCCCUUUUCACUCACUUGUGUCAAUGUCAUUCAUAUUCAGAAUGAACAUGCUGAUUUCUUAAUGUAACAGGAAACUAUGCAACUAAAUGUGAUUGAGUGUAUGAGGAUAUUUUAUAUGGUUUGUGUAUGGUGCAUAACAUUAAGUGCUUUAAGAUCCACAUGUGAAAGAGCAAAAACAUAUUUAUUGGCUUUCUUUGUAAAAGUAACAACCUUAACAUAUUUAUUACCUUACAGAAAAUGAAUGUAGUUUUAACUGUACCUUUUAUACAUACUUGUGAUUUAAUUUUUUCACAGCAAAAACCACCUUGUACAGUGUGCAGGGUACUAUUUUAAAUAAAACCCAGUAGUGCACAAAA